GACUUUGAAGUGAACUUUGAGCUCUCUGAAGCACUUAGAGAGCUGGGCUUGACUCGCAAACAGCCUCCAUCUCAAAACACGGAACGGGCAGAGGCCAACACUCUGAACAAGGUAUCCUUUCUUGUAUCCUACCGGUCCCCACCCAAAAUCGACACACUGUUUUCGUCAUCGCGCCAGGAGGAGGACAUUUGUGUUGGCACGCCCAUGGCGUGCCGCACCACGGCCGAGUCUGAGGCCACAGUUGGUUACUUUGCAAACCCAGUGUGCAUACGUGCAGCGGUCUCUGGCAGUUACAUAAAGCUGCUUCGGGCUGUGGCCGACGAUGUGGCAGAAGCUUUGCAACAUCAGCGAGUCUCACUAGUAUCUGUCUGUGAACAGUUGGGCUUGGAUUUGCGCGCGUUGCUGCAACCAAUGUUUGUAUUCCAGACGUGUCCCGACGAAGCAUACCAAGCUCGACUGCCAUCCUUCUUCAUGGGGCAUGAAGGUUCGGAAAUUUCACUGGGACAGCUGCGCAUGGAGUCCAUGGGGCUCGGACAGCGCUUCGCACAGUUUGAUCUUGCCUUGAUCAUGGCAGAAAGCCACAAUGGUCACCUCAUCGGCAGCUUCCAGUACAGCACCUCGUCUUACACUCGUGAUGCGGUUUUACGGAUACAGGCUCAAUACCUCAAAAUCCUACGCUUCAUGGCCAAUGAUCCCUCAGAAGACGUUGGCCAAGUUCCUUUGUUUCUGGACGAGGACACAGGGGACUUGCCGCCACGCGUCUCCAUACCUGAGCUCGUGGUGGCGCGAGCAGCGGAGAACCCUUCCGCCUUCGCAGUGGUCAGCCCGCAGGGCACUUACACGUUUGGCGAGGUUGUUCGACGCGCGCAGCUCCUGGCCGCAGCGUUGCUACGGCCACCAGACACUCGGGGCAGUCGUCAGGGCAGCUGGCAAGGCAAUGAGGGCUGGCAGAGCCAGGAACUUCUUGGUUGUCGCGCGCCAUGCGCGCCGCUGGCAGAGGAGGAAGCCUCUGAUAUUUUCAACUCAGACUGGCUGGGGGUUGCUUUCAUUGGCCUUAUGGUCAGUCCUGGGCCGUGGAUGGUUUGCGGGCCACUGGGUGCAUGGAUGGCUGGACGGGGUUACUUUGCUCUGGAUUCCAUGCACCCUACCGAACGCAUUCAGCAAAUGGCCCAAGAUGCAAAGGCACACCCGCAAUGCAUCGUUUGCGAGCGCAAGGUUGAAUCCAUUGCCAACUCUCUGGGCUGGCCUCUUUGUGAAAUUUGGCCGACAAUGCUCGCGGGUGCUACUGUUGUCAUCAGCAAGCGGGAGGGCAGCAAGGACUUCCAGUAUCUAUCUUCCCUGAUUGACGAACAGCGGGUGAGCCAUGCUCUUUUUGUGCCCUCGUUGCUCGCCGAAAUCUUGGAGCACCAAGCUUUGCCCAGAAGUUUGCGAAGUUUGGCCGUUGUUGGUGAAGCCUGCUCGCUGAGCCUGGCACGGCGCAUCUUGGAGGCCCCACUGUCCCUGAAUAACUUCUACGGGCCCUCAGAAGCUGGCAUCGGGGCCACCAUCUACGAGGUGUGGAGCUUGCAUUCCAGCUGA